GGGGGUGCCCGGGCGGGGCGGGGGCGGCUCCCGGGGGCGCUACGGGUCGGCCCUGCCUCCGGGAUCUGGGGCCCGGCACCCCCCAGAAGCGAGCGCGUGGGUGCCGCGCGGACGCCCCGGCCCCGACCUGGAAGCCCGUGGCGCACAUGCGUUGCCCGCGGCCAGGUGGCGAUGGGAGGAUGGCGAGCGGCCCGCCCGAGGCGCGACUCCGCCGCGUGAAGGGAGCACCGACAUCUGAGUGCCAUUAGCUGCUGUCAGACCGCGUUCAGACCGAAGCCUGUGGGAAGCGCUGGGGCUGUGGGCAGGGGAGGGUGGACGCGCCCGGCCUUCCCCUCCUCCGCCUCCGGCCAGAGCACCACGUGGGCGGCCGGAGAGGGAGCUAGCAGAAAUCCCCCUGCAGGCCCUCAGGCUACAAGCCAUGCGAUGGGACGCAGAUGCCCUCGGCAGUGCCUCCCCGGAGCCUGUAACCAACUUUGCUGCUCCGAUUUUACACGUCCUUCCGAACUCCCAGUUCUGUGUUUCCAGCCACGAUUCAGGCGAGCUAUAAAUGACACUUGCCAGGCAGAACUAGAGAAGCACUUGCCGUUUCUCCUCUCCUGUGGCGGCCCAAGCCACAGGGCCCGUGCCCUGCGACAACACCACUGGCCCUGGGCCGCCAUCCUCUCCGCCAGGCACGGGCAGCACUUGCCCGGAAACGUUCCAUUUGCCUAUAACCACAGCACCGCUGCGAGCCCAGCGCUCGACAUCCCCGUUGUGCGGAGCAGGGACGGUCUCGGGGGGUGAGGUGACCUGGCAAAGGUCACUCCUGGUGAACGACAGCACCAGGGUUCAGGCCCCGCAGGGGAGCCCAGAGCCCGGUGCCGGCUGCCUGGUCCCCAGCACUUGGCCUGUCAAGUUGCUGAAGAGAACGGCCCCCGUCUGCCCUGUGGACACCCUCUCCCUCGUCCUGUCCUGUUGUGUGGCUGCCACUCGGGGACUUAUUCGCCCUGGAUAAAGCAGCCACAGAAGCGCAGGCAGGCAUGGGCAUCCCAGAUCAAAGCCGGACGGCCCACGCCUCCCCCGGGACUCAGCCUCGGCCUCCCAGGCCCAGGCACCCACGACGCCUAUGCUGACUGCCGCCCUGGGCCCAAUGCCGGUCAUGCCCAUCCCCCGGCGGGUGCGCUCCUUCCAGGGCCCGCACACCACCUGCCUGCACGCCGCCUGCGGCCCGGCACGCGCCUCCCGCCCGGCCCGCACCAAGUACAACAACUUCGACGUGUACGUCCGGGCACGCUGGCUCUACGGCUUCAUCCGCUUCCUGCUCUACUUCAGCUGCAGCCUCUUCACGGCCGCGCUGUGGGGCGCGCUGGCCGCCCUCUUCUGCCUGCAGUACCUGGGCGUGCGCGUCCUGCUGCGCUUCCAGCUCAAGCUGUCGGCGCUGCUGCUGCUGCUGGGCCGUCGGCGCGUGGACUUCCGCCUCCUCAACGAGCUGCUGGUCUACGGCAUCCACGUGACCAUGCUGCUGGUCGGGGGCCUGGGCUGGUGCUUCAUGGUCUUCGUGGACAUGUGAGGGCGCCGCGGGCUCUUCCGGGGACGGUUUCCGGUGACCCGGCCGUAGAUGCACCUGCAGUGGGCGCUUUUCUCAACGCGGUAGGUUGGGGCCCUUUCUGCCCUGUGUCAGAGGCAUAAUCCCGCCCCGGCGCCUGCGUCUCUGGCUCAGGAAAGGGCUGAGACUUCUGUGAAGGGUACACUGGCGCCCUCCCUCCUGCUGGCCUUUGCUCAGACCCUUUCUGUGUGUGGUUUCGGUGCGGUGUCCCCUGCGCCACCUGCUUGUGGUUCCAGCCUGCACUUUCCAAGCUAUUCCCGGGGCGGGGGGGCGGGGGGGGACGGGUAUGGGUCCAGUCUGUACUUGGAGAGCCUGUGUCCCUGUCCCCUCUCCAGGGCAAUGGUGUCACCAGUGGUGUUGGAGGCCCCCGGGAGGGGUGUGCUACCCAGGUGCAGAUCUGGAGGGGAGAUCCUCCUGGCCGCACAGCCCCCUCCUGUGCACGCCCGGCCCCCCGCCCUAGCCUUGGGGAAGCGUCAGUCUCCACCAGCUGGUGCACCACACUGCCACCAAGCUCUUCACUCUGCCCUGGGCCACCGAGUCCUCACUCAGCCCACGGACGCUCCUCCAUUUGUUACCCUGAGAGGCGUGGGGGUCCUGAGUCCCAGGCCGGGCUUCAGCGGCACCUCGGUUUGCCUGUCAGUGCCUAGAUCAGGGGCCAGCCCAGGGGAGUGCCGGGUCCAGGGCUCCACUCUUCAAGUGUGGAUUUCUGGGGAGGCAACUCAGUCUCUUUCUGGCCUCAGGGGGCUUUCAGUCUCUUCCCCUCAGGGAACGUCCAGGUUCGAGACGUGUCUGUUGGAAGAAACACCUCUUGGAAAUCAGGGUUGCACCAGGGCUGGACCUCCGAGUGAGGAGCUCGGCGGCCCCUUUGUCCCUGCCUCGGCGGUUGUUAGAGCAGCUGGGAGUACAAAGCAAAAAUGAAUGUGGGCCAGGAAAGAACCAGUGGUCCAGGGGUGCUUCCGGUUGCAGAGAGAACAUACCAGAGGGCCAGUUUUGCCCAGACCCCUCACCGUGGCCUCCAUCAGAUGGGGACAGGGUAGCCGCAGGCCUUGUGGGCAGGCGAGGGGCACUGAAUAAUUCAGCUGGGACAACAGCCAGAGGCGGGACAUAGGGCCCCAUAUUGAGGGUGACAGGGAGGCCGAUGCUACUUCACCCCAAGUUGUCCCCACACCCGCAGGCACGGGCGGUAGCCCCUUCAACCCUGCCUGGCCGGGUCCCCCAGUGGCCAGGGGGAGCUGUCGGGGCAGUUGUGUGCCACUGGAAAAAAAAGCCAAAUCAGGUAAAGGAGGCAAAAAACACUUGGCUGUAAACUGUGCUCUUUAAUUUGUAGCCAGCUUCUGUCGGACGAUUGUCCACUCGAGGUCAGUGGACAGCUCCUCCGAGGGAAUCGGGGGGUGAGUCUCUCCCGGUUACCUGGACGGCAGGCAAGGAGCCGACCCACACGGACCCCACUUCUCGGCGCUGCAGAGGACGUUUUGCACCAAAUCAUGCUGUUUCCUAAAAGCUUUGUUCUGUGUUAGUUGACUCAUGUUACUCUGAGGCCCCCUCUGAGGUGGGCACGUGUCCACGGGGCUGGGGCAGCAGGGGGGUCACGGUGGUGUGGACACAAAGCUGCUUGGUGUCUUGAGUGCCUGUGAAAUUCUUUAUGAAGUGAGCCACCUGCAUUAAACUUAUUUUUUUAACACA